AUGAAGGGAUUAAGAGAGCGCCGGGGUUUUGCAAUUUACCGAGAAGAGGGGAAAAAGAUGGUUCAGUUUUGGCACUUGACAGAAACUAUGAGAGUAUUUGCUCUCUGUUUUUCGUAUUUUUCAUCUUCAAUGGUUGAACCAGGAUUCAAUUCAGCUAUUGAUCAUUCAAGUCCCUAUGAAUUCAUAGGUUCAACUGAUCAUCCGAAUUUUUUGCUUAUUAACACUCCAUUUGAUGGAAAUGGAUUCAAUUCAUGGAAGCGAUCUGUAAUCAUCUCUCUAUCAGCGAAGAACAAGUUGGGUUGGCUUCUUAAUUCGUUGUCGAAGAACAUCACUGAAAGUGUUUUGUUCUUACAAAUUGCCUCUGAAAUUUGGAAUGAGCUAAAUCAACGAUAUGAGCAGUCCAAUGGAGCUCUUCUUUAUCAAAUUCAACAACAAAUCUUCUCUAUAUCUCAAGGAUCUGAAAAAAUUUCAUCGUAUUUUACUAAAUUGACAAAAGUCUGGGAUGAACUGCGACUUGUUCAAAAUUUUCCUCCAUGCUCAUGUGAAUCUGCUGUUGCUAUUCAUAAAUUCCUUGAAGAACAAUGCCUAAUUCAACUUUUGAUGGGUUUAAAUGAUAGCUACAAGAUUCAUCGUGGACAGAUUUUAAUGAUGAAACCUCUCCCUAAUGUUUCAACUGCAUAUUCUUUAAUCAUUCAAAAAGAACAGCAAAGAGGUAUCACCAAUAAUUCUCAGAUUCAUCUUGAAUCCAUAGUUAUGCAUGUUUCAUUAGAUGUUCAACAUAACAAGAAACAACUAGUUUGUAAUCACUGUAAGAAGAAUGGUCAUACGAAGUCUCAGUGUUACAGAUUAAUUGGAUUUCCUUCUAAUUUGAAGUUCACAAAGGCAAAGAAGGAAGAAUCUAAAUCCAUGGCUCAAAAUGUUACUGUCAAGCCUGAUAUUGGAAUCAUUGAAGAUCAAUAA